AUGAACGACUUAAUUGCUCUUAAGACCGGUCUUGAGAGCCAGCUACGGGAAGGUUGGAUUUGUGUCGCCAAGUCUCGUAUCGAAAUGGGAGGAACCAGUGCUAUUAGCUGCUUGCAGUUUGAUGAACGAUGUUCUAAUUCCACGGUAACAGUGGCGGUGUCAGAAGAUGAAGGACAGUUCGUUUCCAGCUUCGAAAAUUACACUAUGCCAGAAUCGUCUAAAAGAGACAUAUUGAAAAGAUUUGGCAUACUGACUCCAGGGCUUCUUCGAAAAGGCCAGAAGUAUUUCAUUUCUUCUAUUAAUCUGGUGUGCGAAAUGGCAACGAGCCAGGCUCGACUCGAAAAACUGUGCAGUGAAUACCAAGAACUUCUGAAGCAGAAGAAACUUUUAAGUUCUUGA